AUGUUCCACAGUAUCUGGUUGGGAUACUUGCUAUAUUUUCUAUUCCACCCUUUGAGAAAAUAUCCAGGUCCUAAAUUUGCAGCUUUAACAAAUCUCUGCUACCUUUACAACAAAGCCUGUGGUAAAGAAGUCGCUUGGUUUUGUGAACUGCACAAGAAAUAUGGCGAAGUGGUUCGAUUUGCCCCGGAAGGACUGAGUUACAUUAGUCCUCAAGCAUGGAAGGAUAUCACUGGUCACCAGUUAGGAGGACGCCCAGAAUUUGCGAAAGAUAUGACACGUUUCUACACACCUGAGCAAAAUGGGCAACAUAGUAUUGCGACAGAACUAACAGCACAAGAUCACAACCAGACCCGCAAGGUUUUCUUGAACGCGUUUAGUGAAAAGGCCCUGAAACUCCAAGAGCCUCUCAUUCGCAAAUAUGUAACUAAACUCAAACAGAAUAUUGACGCAACUAUAAGUGGAAAUCCAGAGAUAUCCUUGAACGCUGUAAAGUUGUACAACUUUACAACAUUUGAUGUUAUGGGGGAUCUUACCUUCAGCGAACCUUUGGGUAUGCUAGAUAUAGGCGAGUAUACACCAUGGGUCCGAGGAGUCUUUCAAAACAUCAAAACCUUCACGCUUCUUCAGAUUCCGCUCUUUUACCCUGUUCUCAGACACUUAUUCAUGACUUUCAUGCCUCCAUCUUUGCGAGAUGAACAGAAAAAACACUUUCUGCACUUGGCUGAACGCGUGGAUAAACGAAUCCAGAAAGGAGUUGAUAUUGGAAAACUAGAUAUUUGGAAACUUGUUCUUGAGAAUCCAAAAGUCCAGCUACCUCUGUCCAAGAUGCAUGCAAACGCAGCAGUCUUUAUGCUUGCUGGUACCGAAACUAUUGCUACUCUACUAAGCGGAUUAACAUACUUGCUUCUUGUUAGUCCUGAGAAGAUGGACAAACUUAUCGUUGAGAUACGCGCUCUAUCAGAGGAAGAGCUGUCUUUCAGCAUACUACAACGCUUAGAAUAUCUGAAUGCAUGCAUUGAAGAGGCUCUUCGAUGUUAUCCACCAAUACCAAUUGGUCUACCUCGAGAGGUACCAAUAGGCGGUGCUGCUGUCUGUGGCAAAUGGGUGCCAGGGAAGUUGCGAGAUAGUGGAUACAACACUGAUAGAAAAGAUGUUCUCCAACCUUUUUCCUAUGGGCCACGUAACUGUAUAGGGAGAAACUUAGCAUAUCACGAAAUACGUUUGAUUAUUGCUACAAUACUAUGGAAUUACGAUCUCGAACUAUGCCUAGAGAGCAAUGAUUGGAUUCACCAGAAGGUCUAUAGUGUAUGGGAUAAACCAGAGCUUGUCAUCAAGUUCAAGUUAUUAGAUAGAUAA